UUCUAUAUUCUCUACCUAUAAAAUCCCCUUCUCUUUUACUCUGAUUGGACUGUGAUUUCACUUCCCUUCACAGUUGAGUAUGUUGGCUGCCUCCUAUCUUCUCACUUCCAUGAUAGGACAAAGUUCUUGAUAAAUGAGAGAGAAGAGGUUGGUGUUGUAGUUUUAUGAAUACUGAAUGCCAUUUACAGUGAGAGAGAGAGAUAGAGAGAAGAACAAAAAAACACAAGCACAAAAACACACACAUACACAGGGCACAAAUGUUUGAAGGAGUUCCAGACCAAUUCCACCAAUUCACAGUUUCAAGAACUUCACUUCCUCUCCCUCUCUCUUUCCCGUCUCUUCAUGGCUCCUCUGCUAGUUUUGAUCUCUACACUUCUCAUCAUCAACACCUACCCUUGCAGCAGCCUACUUUUCUGCAACAAACUGCACCAUCCACCAGUAAAAAUCAAGACAAGCAAGAAAACUGCAUGGUGGUUGUGAAUUUGGAAAGUGAAAGAGAGAGAUCGAUGCACGAAUCCAUUGAUCCGUGGUCUAAUGAUGAAGUUCUUGCACUGUUGAGGAUCAGAUCUAGCAUGGAGAAUUGGUUCCCAGAAUUCACUUGGGAACAUGUAUCAAGGAAGCUUGGAGAGCUUGGGUUCAAAAGAAGUGCUCAGAAGUGUAAGGAGAAGUUUGAAGAAGAAAACAGAUACUUCAACAACAAUAUUAAUUACUCCAAGAAUUACAAGGUGUUUGGGGAGAUUGAAGAGCUUUAUCGUGAUGAUAAUCAUAAUUCUCAAGGGAUUGCGUUAGGAAAGAACAAAACAAUGGACAAGGCCGCCGAAGAAGAAGGCAAGAUGGAACAGAACGUGGAAGAAGAUUCAAGAAUUGAUCAAACAGUAGGAAACCUAGAUGGAGAAAAUGGGAAAUGGGUUGACAAAUCAAAGAGCAAGAAGAGAAAAAGACAGCAGAAGUUCGAAAUGUUCAUGGGCUUCUGCGAAGAUAUCAUUAGCAAAAUCAUGGCUCAACAGGAAGAAAUGCAUAAUAAGCUUCUUGAAGAUAUGGUGAAGAGAGAUGAAGAGAAGUUAGCGAGAGAAGAAGCUUGGAAGAAGCAAGAAAUGGACAAGAUAAACAAGGAGCUUGAACUUAGGGCACAAGCACAAGCUCUUACAGGUGAUAGACAGGCAACAAUAGUCAACUUCUUGAAAAAAUUCUCACCAUCAACUGCUUCUUGUGUUCAAAUUCUUGGGGAGACAAGCGUACAAGAUCUCCUUAAACGACCCAACAAUUCAAAUCCUUCCACUUCAUCUUCCUUGGUGCUACCUCAAAACCCUAAUAACAAACAAAGCAAAUCUGAAGCACCAAUGUCAACUAUGAUAGAUUUUGGCCAUCAAAACUUAAGCUCACUGCCAGAAAACCUAGCACCUCAAAACCCUAGUUCAACCCUCGUGCGCAGUUCAUCCACAUCCUCAUCACAAUGUCCCCAAACCAAGACCCCAAGUUAUCCCAAUUCCCAAAGCAAUCGACUGCAAACAGUAACUGUGCAAAGAAAGCCUGCAUCUAAUGGUAAGGCCGAAGACCUGGGAAAGAGAUGGCCAAAAGACGAGGUAUUAGCUUUGAUAAACCUAAGAAGCAGCUUCUAUGGCAGCAAUGAAGAUAAGGAAGCAACAGUUAAGGCUCCUCUAUGGGAGAGAAUCUCACAAGGGAUGUUGGAGUUGGGUUAUAAAAGGAGUGCAAAGAGGUGCAAAGAAAAAUGGGAGAACAUAAACAAGUACUUCAGAAAAACUAAGGAUGUUAACAAGAAAAGAUCUGUGGAUUCUAGGACAUGUCCUUACUUUCAUCAAUUAAGCACCUUGUAUAACCAAGGAACGCUCGGAGUACCCCACUCUGAGUUGCCGGAAAAACUGCCGUUGGCUGCUUCUUCGCUGGAAAAGCCGCCCUACCUGGAGCAGGCUAAUUAUUAGUUUCAACAAUGCAUAAUGUUGAGAAAAAUCUGGUUGGAGCACCAGGUCUCAAAUUUUGAAUUCUAUUUUUAUUUUUUUUUAUGUGGGUGUUUUUCUGUGAUAAUUUUUCUUUUUCUUUUUAUUUUGUUUGUCUUGUUCGUUUUAGCAAAACGACAUGAGAUAGCGUGCGAGUGUAUAUAAUAUAUUUAUAUCAUUUGACAUUGUUUUUUUCGAUAUAUAUCUUCUAUAAAUCUAUUGGAGGAGACA